GGUUGGGGGCUCGUCCUCCCUCCAUCCCUCCCGGCCCAUCCUUCGUGGGCAACAAAGAGGCCGCGAUGGGAGGGCAUCCGCGGGGUCCGCACUGACUCCGGCCCCACCUCGGCGGGAGAUGGAAGAUGGAAGAAAGACACGGUGGGGCAGAGACGUUUGUUUGGCUUAACAACGCAUCAACUCAUUCCCAGAGUGUUGCCAAAGCCAAGUACGAGUUUUUGUUUGGCCGACCUGAUGAGAAAACCCCGGAAACCAGUGAUCAUGGAGGUAGCACUUUACUGCCUCCCAAUGUCACCAACGAGUUUCCAGAGUAUGGUACAAUGGAAGAAAGUGGAGAAGCAUUAAGGGUUUCACUUGAGUUUGAAACAGACACUCUACGAUGCCGUCCUAGUGGGCAAGAAGAGGGUCAGCUCUUGGUUGGCCCCCAUCAUCAAUUUGGCAGUGUUGCAGAAAGGCCAGAAUGUGGGCCGGAGGGAGCCUCACCAAGACACCUCAACAAACGAAGUUUACAACCCACCGACUCACUGACUCCAGCUCUGAAAGCUACAGAAAUAAACCUAGCUCCAGGAGCGUUCCCAGCUACAAAGAUCCUGGAUGUAGAUGCCGUUUCUGUUUUUCCAGCCAAGCAAAUGGAAAAAGAGUUGGAAACUGCCAGUAAAGAAACACAAGGAGCCAAUAAACCGUCUCUUGCUGGCCAAGAAAAAACACCAGAAAUACCUCUCCCAGCUGAAGUAACAGUUGAGGAAAAUUUUUACUUGCUCAUAGAAAAGGAUCUGGCCGCCUUGUUAACAGGGGAAACACAGCCAAAGUUGUUGCAGGUCACCAAUGAUGGGAACGGGGAGGUGCUCAGAGAGAAGAGGACAAUCCGUCCGACGCCCUCCGUGGAGACUGCCACGCUGGAACACAAACUUGAGGACACCUUUGGGGCCGUGGGCGACGGAAGAUUCGAGUACAAGAAGGAGCCUCGGGGACACCAUCCAAGCAGGGCCCACAGGUCUCCUGAGAGCGUGGUCUCCACAAGUCGUCCCACUAAGAACAAACACGUCGGCUUUCAAGGGGUGGAGAUUCUGAGGACAGGAGGGGAAAAGGGAGAAACGAGACACAAUGCAGCAGAGGGAAUGACAGCUCCUGUGGCAAGAAAGGAGUUUUCCAAAGGGUCCAGCCAUUGCAUUCCACAUGGAAUUUUCCCAGAGUCGGUUGGUGUGAUGGAGGCUGUUUGGGAGGAGCCUUGGCAAGGUGCUGCAAACAGACCUGGAACAAGCUCAGGGAAAUCUUUUCCAUCAUUGCUGGUUGAAGGUGGGGAGGAAGAGGCCUUCCUGAAGGAAAAUCAGAAGCAUCUUGAGACAAAGACUGUGCCAGAGAGAGAAAUGGAAAGGCUCAACCAGGCAGAGAAAAUGACCAAGGGAGAAGAAGAUGACAGUGUACAUAGGUACACGGAGGACUCAACAGAUGUGUACAGCUCACAGUUUGAAAACAUUCUGGAUAAUACUUCUUUAUACUACAGUGCAGAAUCACUGGAGACUUUAUACUCAGAACCUGAUAGUUAUUUCAGCUUAGAAAUGCCCCUCACCCCUAUGAUUCAACAGCGAAUCAAAGAAGGCAGCCAUUUCCUGGAGAGGACCAUGGGAACAGGACCACCAGAUAUCCUCAGCGUUUCCGCCGAUGGUGGGAUAGUAAUGGGUUACUCCGAGCUCACCAACGGGUUGAACGAUGCCGGUGAAACAGUCUUCAGAAAAGGCAUCUCUGAGGUCGCGCUCUGGGGAAGCAAUGCUGGGGUAAAAAGCCACCUUUUGGAGACCAAUGUUGAGAUGGGUAGCACGGAAUUCCUGGAGAAGGAGAACACUGAAAACAUCAGCAAUGGUACCAGCAGUAACUUGGAAGCCGCCAGAAGACUGGCCAAGCGCCUCUACGAGUUGGACCGGUUCCGGCGUUCCGACGUGGCAAAACACCUGGGCAAGAACAACGAGUUCAGCAAACUAGUGGCUGAAGAAUAUCUUAAGUUUUUUGAUUUUACAGGAAUGACGCUGGAUCAGUCUCUCAGGUGUUUUUUUAAAGCAUUUUCACUUAUGGGAGAAACUCAGGAACGUGAGAGAGUUUUAAUCCACUUCUCCAACAGAUACUUUCAGUGUAACCCAAACACCAUUUCUUCUCAAGAUGGAGUCCACUGCCUUACCUGUGCAAUGAUGCUCCUCAACACUGAUCUACAUGGCCAUAACAUUGGAAAGAAGAUGAGCUGUCAAGAAUUCAUCGCCAAUCUUCAUGGGGUGAAUGAAGGUGAAGAUUUUCCCAGAGGGCUGCUGAAGGCGCUCUACAACUCAAUCAAGAAUGAGAAGCUCGAAUGGGCUGUAGAUGAUGAAGAGAAAAAAAAAUCUCCCUCAGAGGGUACUGAUGAGAAAGCAAAUGGAACCCAGCCAAAGACAGUCAGUCGGAUUGGCAGUACCAGUAACCCAUUCCUGGACAUUCCUCAUGACCCAAAUGCUGCUGUGUAUAAAACUGGAUUUUUGGCUCGCAAAAUUCAUGCUGAUAUGGAUGGAAAGAAAACUCCAAGGGGGAAGCGAGGGUGGAAAACCUUUUAUGCUGUGCUGAAGGGAACAGUUCUUUACUUACAAAAGCAAGCAGAUCAAGCCUGUUCCUAUGGAUGGGCCAUAUAUAUGGAAAGAUAUUCAUGCUUGGACUGCUCUUUCAAAAAGGAUGAAUACAAACCAGAAAAAGCUUUGUCUGAAGAUGAUUUGAAAAACGCAGUGAGUGUGCACCAUGCGCUGGCAUCCAAGGCAACAGACUACGAGAAGAGACCAAAUGUGUUAAAACUGAAAACAGCCGACUGGAGAGUCUUGCUUUUUCAAGCCCAGAACCCAGAGGAAAUGCAAGCGUGGAUAAACAAAAUUAAUUGUGUCGCAGCUGUGUUUUCUGCACCCCCAUUUCCAGCAGCUAUUGGCUCUCAGAAGAAGUUCAGCCGCCCUCUUCUUCCUGCCACUACCACAAAAUUAUCUCAGGAUGAACAGCUGAAAUCCCAUGAGGGCAAGCUAAAACAAAUUUCCACUGAACUGACCGAACACCGCUCUUAUCCACCCGACAAGAAAGUUAAAGCCAAGGAGAUAGAUGAAUACAAACUGAAAGAUCACUACCUUGAAUUUGAGAAAACCCGUUAUGAAAUGUAUGUUAAACUGCUGAAAGAGGGAGGCAAGCUGCUCCUGAGUAGUGGAGAGAAUGAUGGAACAGGGCUGAAGAAAUCCCAUUCGAGCCCCUCCUUGAACCAAGAGUCAUCUCCACUUUGUGCCAAGGUCAAACGUAACGUCUCAGAGAGGAAGGACUACAGGCCAGAGACACCGAGCAUUAAGCAGAAGGUUACUUAGAGUUCAUUUGAUAGAAGGAGCACUGGUCACGCCGCAAAAUAUUAUUUUUCAAGAUCUUUCUGAUAAUCUGUGGUUCAUAAAAAACAACAAAAUGAGUCUGUGACUGAAUGGUGCGUUAGUAAUUUUUCUAUUUUCUAUUUUGUUUAUAUUCAGAUUGUCAAGUUAUCGUUAAUCCUCAUUUUCUUUGCUUUCUUAAUUUGCUGUUUAACAAUGAAGGCACCUUUUGAGAGGGGAAGGGAGUGUAAUUUCAAACUAAGCCACACAUCCCUUUCCUUGUCGUUCUCUUUCAUUGCACACUGCUCUUGUCUUAUGUAGUUUUCAAGUCAGCUGUUACACUUUUUAAUGUAAUUUCUUGUGGAAGAAUUAGCUGGAUGAGCUUUGUAGCUUUAGUGAAUUCUAGCUCGAGUUAUGUAAGUCUUUGUUAAUGAAUUCUUGCACAGUCACAGAAGUGGAACUGACCACUGUUGGAGGUUCGGCAAAGUUCUGACCCUGGGAAUAGAGAGUUCCCAAAGCGAUGUACCAAUGCAAACACCUUAGCACUUACUGUAGAGUUCUGGACCCUGCCAGUAACAGGGAAAUAGAAAAUGCAGGUGAAGGUGAAGAUUGCAAAGACUGUUGGACUUAGAGAACUAGCCUCAUAGGGCAGUCAUUUCAUUGAGGAUAAAAGGAGAAAGGAAAGGGGGAGUAAUUUUUAUCUGUGAAGAUUGUGAUAAUUUAAUUUUAAGGGAAAAAUGAGCUUGAUUUUCCAGUGAAAAGUGAUGGCGAUAACUGGAUGUUUGGGAGAUAAGUUGGCAAACGUUUGUUUCAUCUAUAAAGAAUAAUUAAUGUCAUCCUAAGUAGUGUACCCUCCUAUAGCCGAAGUGGAGAUACUUGUUUACUGGACUUGCUCUCCGUCCAUGUACAUGUCUGUCUACUGGGAAUCUGUUCUUUUUCAGUGCACUUUGUCAUCUGCUUAGUGGUGAGUAAUUUCCACUAAAUUUCCAGCACCCAUCCAAGUAAUGUUGUAAAACUACCUUUAUACCCAAGUUUAGAUCGAGCUGCUGAACUGUUGCCCAUGGAAACUUAUUUAAGCUCAUUUGUAUUUCAGUGUUUGGUAGGGAACAGCUAGAUGCAUCACUUAGCUCAAUACUGUUCCUAUUUCUCCACUUCUUUAUCAGUAUUCAGGUUUUUUACUUUAUUUGGAAUCAGUGAAGUAAUGCUGAAGUUAUCUUUAGAACAUUAAUUGAGGCACAUUCUUCUCCCUAUCUCCAGAGUGAUUCCUAUCUUCCUGCCUCAACUCUCUCUCUCUCUUCCUUUGCAUGGACCCCUCUUUACAAUUUAGGAGAGCUGCGGGCCUGAAGAGCAUAUGCAGAAUGAGGGGAGAAGAGGCUGCUUAAGGAGGAUCCAGUGAGAAUUAGGACUGACUACUUUUCACAUUAAGAAAGAACCUGCUUGUCUAGUUCUAGGCUCCAUAAAUGGAAAUACCUUGGAAAUAGUUGUCACUCUGAAUUAUUUUCCAAAGAUAUUUUUUAGUUGAUUUUUUUUUAAACAGUUGAAGGUACUUUGACCAAAGAAUUAUAUGGUGUUCAGUUUGGUUCCAGAAAAUUAGGGAAACUGGCAUAGGAUUAGGUCCUAUAACAUUUUGAAGUUUAUGAACACAUUUUAAUUGCAGUUACCUAACAUUUAAAAUUUACCUCCUAUACCAAUUCAAAAAAAUCACACAGCUUGACUUAGACCACAGAGGAGAAAAUCUCUCCUCUUUGAGUUGUAUCUACCCCUUCAUUUAAUCUGCUUCUGUUAGUUGGAGAGUGUCCACAGUCCAAUUCUGCUCAAGAUUUCAAAUCUUGGGCUGAAGUCGCAUAGCUCUCAAGGUGAUGCUGGCACAUGCACGAAACUGGGCCACCAUAGGCAAUGACAGAAUUUUUAGAAGUGUCUAUUUGUAGUCUGCUUGUUUUCUGAGCACACGUGUAUUCCAUAAAUAGUAAACUGAAAAGAGACAGGUACAUGGGCUAGACUUUAUAUGGGUCUCGGUAACUGAAAAACAGAAUAUGUACUUUUAUUAGUCUGUUGCUUCAAUAUGUAUGCAAACAGUAUGUCUUUGUAAAUGUAGUAUGUAUGUGUGUCUUUUUUGUACAAUAUAUAAUACCUAUACAUUUAAUGGUACAUCGUUUCAGUAUACUGGUAUUUAGAACAGUCUUGGAAAUGUUUGGCUAACAUUAGCAGUCAAAUAUAACAUUAUUUUUAAUAUUUCAAUCAUCAAUUUCAUCUACAUUUACUUUUGAUAGACUGAUAAAUUAGUCUUUUGGAUUAGAACAGCAUAUUUCUGUACUUUUUGGCUGCUGUUUUACUCUGCUUUGUAUAUUUUGAAAAAGGAUGAGUACAGAAAUUGCUUUUGUGAUCCAUAGUUAUAGUUGGUAUCAUAUUUAUCCAUUGUUUGAGGGUGGGUCAAGACCUCCCUUUCCCUCAUCUCUUCCCAUCACCCUCUGAAUUGCACCAGGGUUAGAUUCUCCUUUUAUGGUUUCCCAUAGAGGUACAUAGCAUGAGACUUUGGUCCAGGCUUGGUGAAAAUCUGAACCAGUCUUACCUCCCAUUACAUCUUUCCGAUGAUCCUUUGACCCUCUAAUCAAACAAAGGAUAUUGGAUAAAUAGUCAAUUCAGACCUCCCCUCUGUCUGCUGCUUACUUCACGGUACAAGGUUCAUCUCCUUCUUUUCUUCUGCUCUGUUUUCGAGGUACAGUAUUCCAGAUCCAUCUACCCAAAACCAUCAGUGCUUUUGGCUUUACCUUAGUCUUUACCUUCAUUCUAGUUUGUAGGGAAGGGGAGUCUUGAUUUGUUAAAUUUAGGUAAAAUCAGGACUGAUUUUGAAGCUCCAAAUCUUCCUUUACUGAUCUGGUUCAAAAUAACCCAUAUUGAAAAUGGUUCAGAAGUGAAAACAGGCAAAAUGGGUUUCUUCCCACCACUCCACAGGGAUUCUUUUAACAUACUGAUUUCCAUCUACAGGAAAGUGUUUUCACUUUUGUUGGUAAUCCCAAAAGAGAAUACAUAUAUACUGUGUAUUUUUCAGAACACAGAAACAAGGCUAAUAUUCUAACUCAACUUUAUAAAUGUCCAAUUUAACAAAGUGAUACUUUUGUACAUUUUCAUUUGUUCAAAUAAAACAACAUGGAAAACAGGUGGGAUGUCCCCAUGAUGGUACUGUAGUAUGCUGUGUUGUAAUUAACGUGUCCCCUUCUUGUUAUGGUGGGUAAGCUGCAGGUGGACUCUGCCAGCAAACAGAAGCGCAAUUUUUCCCAGGCUCUGAAAGUAGGGGAGGUUAUUGAGGGGGUUAGACUCCAAGGAAUCCGACUAAAUAAGACUGGCUAACCCAGGCCUUGUAAUUCUCACACUUCUGCUUAAACUUUAACAUCUCAGUCCAAGAUGGUAAGUUGAGGACUCUGUGCUUGUCUGAAGUCAUUGUAGUGUUCUCCAAGAUGAGACUACGGUCCAUUCUCUUUGGGUAAUCUGGUGUUCUUUUUCUCAUCCAUGGACAGCCUGAGGAUGGAAAAAUUUCUAAAGUCAGAUGAAGCCUCAGAGUUGUAUAGAAACUCUUAUGAAUGCAGGGUGGGGUGAAGCACUAUUCCCUCUUUACUGCCGUACAUGCACACAAAGAGUAGGCAUACUUUUCCUCCGUCCACUCUUUGAAAAGAGCUUGUAGAGUACCAAGAAGGAGAAGAUCAGAGUGAAGGAUGUCUCCAUUUAAAAUUUGAAGUACCCACAGCAACUCCAUCUGUAGUUUCUUCUUCUUUUGAGUUAUUUCAGCUGCCUACUGAGGGAUAAAGCUUUUCAAAAGUUUCCCUCCAUUAUUACUGCAAAGAAAAAUACUUCUUGGGGCUUAAUUUCCUAAACAGCUUUUACACUCAACACUUUUUCCACCCCCAUCUUGAUUUUCUCGAUUUCCCAGAAGCCGGAGUUGCCCAGAUUGUGAGGACUGAGAUCCCGACCUGCUCUAGCUUGGAUUCCAGAGAAACUAGUUGGAGCUUACUGGGACCACAUUACCAGCUUUCCUAGCCAGUUGAUCACCUCCUUUUCACCUGGGCACGGAGCUCCCGAUUGCAGUUUUCUAAAGAGAUUAGAUUGGGUUUUUUUUCCAAGUGAGCAAAACCCCUACUAUAAAGUGAACCACAAAAGUGAAGGCAUCAGCUUCUACAAUUAUAAGCAGAAUAGUUUGCUAGUGUUAUUAAUAAAAUUAUUAAUAGUUAUGAUAAUAGUAAUUAUAUAACUUUGACUUCCUCGUGUUGUUCUCUUAUCCAAAGAACACUAAUUCACAGUGACAGUAAAUCCUGAAAAGUCAGAAAUGAUUUGGGAAAAUGAGGUGUAAGUGGCAUGAAAAUGACACUGACUUCUUGAAAUCUUCCUUGUGUCCCAGCUGCUUCUGGCCCAUUGCCUUUUACACUUGCUCCAUCUGCAUCCCCAGUUUCAAAUGCCAGUACAUUCAAACAUGUAGCUUUAUGGCCCACUUUUUUUUAGCAGUGCUGUGAAUGGAAACAGAGAGACAGGUUCAGAUCUCCACACUGGCCCUCUAACUGUUACCCUUUCCUUGACGACCAUAUUCUCUGAGGAUUUGAGCAACCCUAAUAACUUUCUCAUCAUUGAGCUAUGAGGAUUGUCUCUUUUUAUACACGAAAGUUGGACCAUUCUCAUAGAGAGAAUUUCAGUAUAUACUUGAACCAUCUUGCCUGAUAGUCAAUGUUAAUACACAAGGCAGAAAAUAUUACAAGAUAUAUAAAUACAGAGUAGAUAGUGUUUCUUGGGUCCUUGUGUCUCAUUUAUGGUAACUUAUGUGUAUCUAUAGUAACACAGAAGUUUGGAGAAAAACAUUUACAAAUGCAGUAUAUAAAAUGUUAGACAAGUUCUGCCAUCUGCAAAUGCUGUAUUCAUGUGUAUAUAUUCAUAUGUGUGUAACAAUGUGUGGAUUGUAUCUCAAUACAUGGUACGUGUUCACAUCA